AGUACCUUGCUCCGAUCUCCUCGCCAUGUGCGUCCUCUUGUGACGAAUUCAUUUCCUUUGGCUGCCGGCCCGGCAGUCGGUUUUUUUUUCUAGACUGUCGGUCACUGACAAAGCCCACAAAACUUGUAAAAUACCAGUCCGAGUGAUGUUCAUUAAACCUGCGAAUCUAUUCCCGACUCUCUAAUCCGUGUCUGCCGCUGUCUCUGAAUGUAAUUCAAAUGGUGGAGGAUUGCCGGGUAUGGUAUGAUAUUUGUUGCAUUUGUUUGAUUCUUCAUUCAUUAUUAUUUUAAUUUUUUAAAAUUACGUUUGUUUUACAUCAUGCUUUACAAUGGAGGACAACAUUAAAUUAAACACGUAAAAGUAUGAAACAUACUGUAUACAUAUUCAGCGUUUAAAUAUUAUAUUGAUAAUUAUCAAACAUAAAUCCUGUACGUGUAAAUGUUGUCGAUUAUCAAACAUAAACGUCGUUAAUCGGGAACGCAUUAAAUACGUUUUCAUCAAAUACACUGUCGAUAUUUGAACGUAUACAUUUAACAACAACAUCAAAAAUCAAACACAUCAUGCGAUAUGAGAGCAGGGUUGGGGUUUAGUGUUAAUAAGCGGUCGGAGAUGGGGGAGAAGCCUCCCUGCAGGCAGCGGGAGCGACUGCCGCAUCCGUGAAUCUCACGCAGCACCAACAGCAAGGGCUGCACCACCACCACCACCAUCAUCAUCAUCGUCUUCGUUAUCCCAAUUGCCCUCAUCGCCAUUGCCGGUGUUUAUUUGUGAUCAUACCAAACCCCUCCGCACGCAGAUCGUCAUCACCGCCGUGCAGUACCGGAGAUAGCGGCAGGCAAAGCGUGAGAGGCGAGGCAGCGCUCGUAAACAAUGAUGAUGAUGGUGGUGGCGGUUGCUCUGUAAGAGAUUGCGCCUCGGUUCUCGGUGCCCGUAGCUCGGUGCUGAGAUGAAGCAGCAACGAGCUGCGUCAGAGUCCCCCCGCGGGGUCACUGCGGGAGCGUGCGGAUCGGGGUCAGGGCCACGGCAAAGCGAGGCGCAGAGUUCAGGGUCGGAGCAAAACAGGGCAAGGUCGGUCGUGGGAACCGAGGGUCCGCCAGGUCACGGCUGCCACGGGGGCCGGGGUGGCCGUGCCGAGCUGGGUGCUGCGGCACGUCAGGACUACGAGGCCCUGCGCCGGGCGACAACGGAGCGGGGAGACCUCUUCCGAGAUCCGCUCUUCGACGCGGACAUGGAAUCCCUGGGCUCGGGGCGGCUGCCUGCGGACCUGGGAAAGCUCAAGACUGUCAUGUGGAGGCGACCACGGGAGAUAUCCCAGAAUGCAGUGUUUAUGGUCGACAGCUUGGACUGCACUGACAUGAAGCAAGGGGAUUUUGGCGACUGCUGGCUGCUGGCAGCCAUUGCGUCCCUGACCCUGCACCCCAGGCUGUUGGCUCGCGUGGUGCCGGAGGGACAGAGCUUCAGCGACGGCUACGCCGGCAUCUUCCACUUCCAGUUCUGGCAGUUUGGAGAAUGGGUGGACGUGGUUGUGGAUGACCGCCUCCCCACUUAUAACAACAAGCUGGUGUUCGUGCACUCGCCCAAGCACAAUGAGUUCUGGGCAGCUUUGCUGGAAAAGGCUUACGCCAAGCUUCACGGCUCGUACGAAGCCCUGAGAGACGUGAGUGCGUGGGAAGCGAUGGAAGAUUUCACGGGCGGCAUCAUGGAGUCUCUGCCACUGACCGACGAGUCGCCCGAGCUCUUGUACCGGAACAUGAGGGUCGCCUUCCGAAGAGGUUCCUUCCUUGCCUGCUCCGUUGACGUUGAGAAGCCCGAGCCCAUAUCUGGCCUGGAGAAGGGGCACGUGUACUUCGUGACAGGAAUCAAGGAGGCGUGUGUGGCCAAGCAGAAAGUGCCGCUGAUGUUACUUAAGGAUCCAUGGGCGCAGUCACGCUGGAAGGGGCCCUGGGGACACCGCUCACAGGAGUGGCGGCAAAUAGCGGCACCAGAGAGAAAAACUCUCUUGUCCCUCGUCAGUAAUGAGGAAUUUUGGAUGUCUUUAGAGGACUUCAGGAGCACAUUCACACAGAUGCAACUGUGCCACCUGACCCCCGCUGACCUGGGAGAGAACACAUGCAAGAGAGGCUCUCUCACUGUGCACCGUGGCUGCUGGGUGCGCGGAUACUCCGCUGGUGGGGGCUCUGCCUUCCCAGGCACAUUCUGGACCAACCCACAGUUUAAUCUUCAGCUCUUUAAAGAAGAUGAUGACCCCACUGAUGAUGAAGUGGCCUGCUCAUUCAUUGUCUCCCUGAUUCAGACAAAAUCACAGAGGUUUUCCGCACACGGUUGCAGAGCUCAACUCUUGCCAAUUGGAUUCAGUAUCUUCCAGGAGGACAAAGAUGCCGAGCGGAGGUCGGAAAGGCUCCCGGUGGCCGGCACGGCAGACUUUGUGGAAGCUCGGGAGGUGUUCGUACGGUUCUGUCUCCCGCCCGGCACCUACACGGUGGUGCCAUCGACACGGGAGCCACACCACGAGGCCGGGUUCGUGCUGCGCAUCCUCGCUGAGAAGCUCAGCUCCAUGAGUGAAGACGAAAAUACAGUAGCAGACUUUCCCUUAAAGAUGGGACUGCCCACUCUGGAGCUCACUGAGCAGGAGAAAGCGGAGCUGUUCAUGGUCUUCUCAGAGGUGGCAGGAGAGGAAAUGGAGGUGCGCCCAAAUGACCUGCUGAAGAUUUUUAAUAGUCAUUUAAACACAAGCAAGGCAUUGCAGACAGAGAGCUUCAGCAUAGAGACAUGUCGCAGCAUGGUCGCAUUGCUGGAUACACAUUUAUCAGGACGGUUGGGCUUUGAAGAGCUCCAGGUUCUGUGGGCCAAGAUCAAGACCUGGAAGGAUAUUUUCAGGAGGUUUGACCAGGAUGGAUCAGGCAUGAUGUCAUCUUACGAGCUGCACACUGCCUUCAAUUCUGCAGGGUUCCCGUUGAACAAUCGACUUCGCAAAGUGCUGGUGCUGCGAUACGCCGACCAAUCGAUGCAGCUUUCCUGGGACAAAUUUGUGUGCUGCUUGUUGAAAUUUGAGGCCACCUGCAAGGCUUUCCAGUUUCUACAGACUGCACAGGCUGGGGUGGCCACCAUGACGAUUGCCCAGUGGCUCAUCUGUACCAUGUACACGUGACUUGCGCAGUCACUCCCACAGCUGCCAGGUGCGUCUUGUUUCUGGGACAGUUUGCUCAAACAAAAGUAUCCGACCACCAGUCGGAGACGAGUGUUACCAAUUGGAUUGAAAUUUUUUGCAGGAAUUUUACCAGUAUUUGGGCUGGUCUUUAUUUCACCACUUUACACUACCGAUGAUAUUCUAUUCUUCAUGUGACAAUAUAUUCAGGAGCUAAAAUGCCACUGUCGAGGUCUGCUAGCCAUGAGAGAUUCAGGAGAGUGUGUGUCGCAUUGCUAUUCCUCCACUGAAUCGGAGCACAUACUAUACUGGAUUACUGUAUCGCCCAUAGUUGGUUUGCAUGGCCAGUUGCACUGUGGCUAGUCUUUAUUGUCAAUUUCUGCUGAUGUCCGUUCAUUACAGCUUCAUUGUCAUUGCGAGUGAAAGUUUUGAUCGGAAAAUGGUGCAGGUGUGGGAAGGGCUGCCAGAUUGAAUUUCGUGCACAAAUUCGUCUUUUUUUUUCUUUUAAAGCUGUGAAAUGUAGAGAAAAAUAAACGUUUUAAAAAUGCGUGCCCUUUUUUUGGGCUCCACUGUGGCAAUUGUGUGGGGCUUUUUGUUUCUUCUGUCUAGAGGUCUGGACACUUAUUUACUCACAAAUCUGGCAGCCCUGGACAUGAGCUGCCUUUGGAAAAAAUGUGACAAUUGUUCAACUCGCUUCCAUACCUUGAUCUACCUUAUUACUGUCAUCAGUCUUUUCAAUAAAAAAUAUGUUUGUGUAUUUAUUGUUGUCGGUUAAAAAAAACCUCUCAAUUGAAUUGUGAGAACUCGUUUUUGAAACCUUGACUUAACUCACAGUAACAGAAUGGUGCACAUUUCGAUCUGAUUCCAAAGUGAAUGAUAAACACUAACAAUGGCAAACUCUUCUUCAUCUCACUCUCCAGCCAUUCCAGGAUGUCCCUGCAUGAAAUGCUUUUUUUUUAAACAAUGAGUAUAUAAAUGUAAAAAUACUCGACAUAUACGAAACGCCAUAUAAUGUAUAGUAAUGUACGCAGAUAAAAUAUGUAAUGUUUUCAAGUUUAAAUGCAUGGCAUUCAGUUAAAGUGGUUUUAGCAAGAGUUGUAUUUAACCUUCACACAAAUUGCAUGUGUUGGGGCUCCAUUUAACACAAGUGAAAAAAGCUUUUAUAAACGCACUAUCUUUCUACAAAGUGAACCUGUUUGUUGAAUGUGUAGAAUUUUAGUAAAUUGGUCGACACUGCUGAGAUCAUGGGUUCAAUAAUCUCAACAGCACCCACGUUCAUUCGUAUUUUAUAUUCAUAGAGGCGUCUUUCCUCGAAGCGAUUUCCAGUUUUAAAGAAAAGGUAACAUAAUCGAAUGAUUUUGAUGGCAGGGCUGUUCAGUGUCUUGGCCGUACAGAUAAGACUUUUAUUAGCAAGCCGCACCCACUCCAGUAUGUAACACUUUUAAAAGAUGGUGAUCCCGACCAGGUGCUACUUUAUCCAUUUCAUCAAGGGUGAUCCUUUUUCCCUUUGGAGCAGUCUCAAUCAUAUCCACUACCCCGCAUUCAACACAAGCAGGCAAUCGCUCUCUCCCAUGGGAAGAUAAAAAGGUAACCAACCCUGUGUGCUCGUUGGUUUGAAAUUCGUGGUCAACCAGGUUAGUGUCUGUGUUGUUAGCCCACUGGUUUUGCAUCACAUUAUGUUUCUAAGGUUUGUUGAGUUCUCGUCUCUCAUCUUCUUGUUAUUGUAUUUGCAGUUUACCGUUCUCUAUGUGCGUGGUGUCCCCCUAUGUGUUCCCUCGCUGUGUAUUUGACCCCAUUUUUCCACCUGAUGAUGAUCGCUUGUGUUGCGUUCGAAACGUCGUGAUUUAUUUUAAUUUUAUUUGAUUUAGUUAAAUUUUAUUUUAUUUCUACAUACGUGACUGUACCCAAAACAACAAUGAGUAUAGUAAUUUCUGCAAUCACGAAAGCUUCAAUUCUGUAUCAACCCUGUGUGCUUAUUAAAAAGUAUAUAUCUUU